AUGGCGUCUCGUGCUUGGGUGGACGAUGCAGAUCACAACGCGGGUGAGGAGCUGCCAGGUUUUGUGAAGCAGUCUCAUGUGCUUCCCGCAUGGGCCACCACGUCCACGCAUGCAGACCGCAGCGUUAUUGGCGACAAUGGUGCAGCCAGAAGUGAGGUCGUCGUCUCUUCCUCAUCCGCACUGAUGAUGACAGCCCAAAAAAGAUUUCGUGAUAAGGACCUGGACGAACUUCUCGCGCGGACGGAGCCACUUUUGACGUCGAAGCACGACCGCAAGCAUGCUGCUCUUCCACCUGUCCUUUCCGUGCUUCCCCUUCCUCGUGAUUCUGCACGGACGGUUCAGUGGCAUCGCAACGGGCAGCUGGCAGUGGUAGGUGGCAACCACCACUUGUACCUUUUCCAUGCAGCCGGCAAGUUUGUGGAGCAGCUCUCCAAGACAGAUGUGGAGAAACGGGUCGAGCACACAGCACUUGGGGCCUCAGGCGAAGACGUUGUAAUUGUGGGACAUCAGUCGUACACACCAGAUCUAUUGGUGCUCGCUACGGAAAAACUGAUUCCGUUGAGGUUUCUUUUUACGCGUGAUUCCGCCGUAUAUCGCAAUGGCCGACGGGACAAUGGAAAGCAUGACUUUUACAUCACCAACGUGGCAUUGCCGGCAACUGAUUUAUCCACCAGGCUGGUGGCUAUAUCAAGUGGAGCCACCGUGACAAUUGGGUCCUUGUCAUCUGGUAGUGUCACCCAUCGCAUCGAGAGUAGCGAUCCUGUUGUGGAUAUCUGCUUUUCAGGAGGUCCACAUGAAGUAACUAUUGCCACGCGUAAUAAACUGACGGUGUACGAUUUACGCAAGACUGCUCAGUUUCUGUGUGAAACCUGUGACGAUGGCACCGUAGACAUCACAACGUUUGCCACCUCCGACUCUGCCUUGGCUGUAGGGUCUAAAAGCGGUAUUGUUAAUAUUUACAACAAGGGCUCUGCAGGACCCGCGAAGACUCUCAAGAACCUGACGACAAGCAUCAAUUGUUUGGCAUUUGGAGAACGCAGCAACGGUGACGCGGUGCUUGCGUACUCGACCAAGGCCCAGAAGGGUGGAUUUCGUCUCGCCGUGCUCCCAGAGUGCCGUGUCGUGCCGUCCUUUCCUGCUGUUUCGCAGCGUCACCAGUUUAUUCAGAGUUUGGCCUUUGCCCCAACCGUUCCUGUGCUUUCUGUCGGUGAAAAGCAGAAGGUCACGAACUACGCGUUGUGA